AUGCGCCUGUUUACCAAAAGCCUGAACUCCCGCAGGGAGCCACAUCCCGGGGGUAGGAAAGAGAAAGCCCGUCCUCGGGAAUCCUGGGAAAGGGGAGGGGCUUGCCCGCGGAAGCCCGCGGAGUGGGGCCCGAGGCUACUUCUGCUGCUCCAGUUGUGCUGCAGUUCCGGGCGCAUCCACCAGCUGGCGCUGACGCCGAGUCACACCGCGGGCGGGGGCGGGGGGGCGGGACGCAGCUUUGUCCCAGGGAAGCCUCUGGCUUGGAGUGGUCUCUUCCUAUUUCUCCCGCUCCUUUCGCGGGAUGGAGCGGUCCAGCCACCCCGGCUUCCAGAACCAGCGACUUCUCCUCCGAGGGUCCACCGGAUUGAGUUGCCCGGUGGACCACGUUGGGGUCGUGAUGCCCAUCAGGGGCGGGGCUUCAUCUGUCCGCACCCCCAGACUCUUAGCUCUCUAAAUGCCUGGGAUCUCAUUGCUUGGCUCCAUCCAGGAGUCCCCGGGAUUCGCUCUAGAACGGGGUCCUCUGGGCACUCAUUGGGAUCUCGGGGGGCUCAGUUGAAAUCAGCACGCUGGGGAUUCCACAUGGUAAUUGGCUUGAGGGCCAAGGAAGGCCAAUAUAGUCUCAGUUUCCACAACUGCUACAAUCUGAUGCGGGGACAGGAAUGCCCAUUCGACAUCAUGUUGAGUGGAUGGUACAAUGUCUUCAAGAUCCACUUGCUCAUGGUGGCCCCGGCUUUCACCAGGAAUAUCUUGAUCCUUUUCCACAGUAUCAACUACUACUCUAUCAACAACCAGGGCCCCCACAUCAAAGGCCUUGCUGUCAUGCACUACAUGACACACCUAUGAAUGAAGGGAGCCCUCCUCUUCAUCAUUUCCUUGAUCAUCUCUGGCUGGGCCUUUGUCAACUGCAUUCUGUCCAACAAGGAGGAGAUCUUUGGGAUCAGGAUCCCCCCACAGGUCCUGGUUGACCUGGCCCACAUUGUCAUCAAGUCCUAUGAGGAGGGUGUCAGUGACUAUGGGCUUCUCUUUCUGGUAGAUCUUAUCUGCUGAGAUACCAUCCUUUUUCCUGUGGUCUGGUCCAUCCAACAUCUGGCACCAAGGAAGGGUGAGGACCCCUCAAUGGCAGUGAACCUGGCCAAGCUGAAGCUGUUUCGGCAUUACUAUGUCAUGGUAGGAGUCUCUGUCCCUUGCAGAUCAUCUGUUGUAUCUACUUCACGAGGAUCAUCGCUAUCCUGCUGUGGGUGGCCAUGCCCUUCCAAUGGCAGUGGCUGUACCAGGUUACAAGUGCUGCAGGCAGGCAACAACCUCUGCAAGUGUGAGCCCUCAGACUGAAAUGGUGGGGCUAUGGUGGGUGGAGCCGAGGUGCAGGAUUGGUGG